GGAUAUAAAUGAUUAUGAAUCACAUAGGGCUUUGUGAGAAAGUCAUUCUUAGAAUAAAAGAAUAACUAUCUUGAAGGACAGGAUAUUUAUACUGAAGGCGCAGCGAAGGAGGGAUAGUGCCGUAUUUCAUGACCUUGUCAGCUCAUUGGUUUGGUGGGUAAUCCACUUCCAUAAAGAGAAACCAUGGAUUUGCAGAGAGAUCAGAGAAUGCAAUAUAUAUCUUCCUAGCAUGUCUGCUGUCUGUGUCUUGGUUUGACAGCCAUCUGUCCAAGACGUUCCUCUGUUCUUCAAGAAGGUUGUAAAGAACACUCUCCAAAAUGUCUGACAAACGAAUGUCUAGUAGUAAAAAACACAGCCUGAAGAGCUUGAUGCUCGUGGUUGCAAAAGACUUAAUAGAAGCAGAGAACAUCGAGAAGAAGGAGGAGAGGAAGAGAUACAUGGAAGAACAUUGUCCUCCGUUUUCAUGUCCAAGCUCCAAAGAAGAACUACAGGAGCUCUGCAAAGAGUUACAUGAAAAAAUCAAUGUUAUUGAUGAGGAGAGAUAUAUUCUUGAGCACAAAGCCAUCAUGGUCGUUAAUGAGGUCAAAGACUUAAAUAUCAAGAUCGUUGACCUGAAAGGCAAGUUCAAGAAGCCUCCUUUGAAGAAAGUGCGCAUGUCUGCUGACGCUAUGCUUCAGGCUCUUCUGGGCUCCAAGCACAAGGUCUCCAUGGAUCUGAGAGCCAACCUGAAACAAGUCAAGAAGGAGGUCAAAGAGGAGGAUAAAGAACUGCGUGAUGUUGGAGACUGGCGUAAGAACAUUGAGGAUAAGGCUGGUAUGGGCGGCAGGAAGAAGAUGUUUGAAACUGAAUCUUGAAGACGAUUAUGAGUGAUCCGCUAUGAUCAUUUCCAGACUUGGAUCUAAAUAAAAUGUACUACUUAAAGGUUCUGUAGGAACAGUUUAAUUUAUAGUCCAUAGAAAUACCACAGAUUGACUGUUUGCCAAAAUCAUACCUUUUCUAAAUAAACAACCUAACUAUAAUAA